AUGGAAAGGACAAUCCGCGCGAGAGGACCAAUAAUGCAAAGCAACAAGACAAACCCUGGCAGCGAAAGGAGCGACAGGACACAGGAGAGAACCCGUAGGCAACGCUACAAGAAGAAAGCAGUGGCGUACAACCGCCAAGUCACAGACACAUUCUGUACACAAGCCAACCAACUGUCGGUCGAGGAAUUCAUUACUAAGGAGAUCGCUAGAUGGCGUGACAAGCCUAACCGCGGCAACUCUGAGAACGCCCUCCUAAGAUGCACAGAAAUGGUUUUUGUUGAGGGGAAAUACCAGUUACUCCCAGCCAUGCACAAGCUCUCAGACAAGCACGUAUAUAUGAUGACAAAAACCCUUUCCGCCAAGAUACGCUGCGUACGGCGCUGGACAGAGGAUUUUAAUGCAACUGGCGACAUCCAGGCCGAGCGUAUCCCGCUCGACCCCAGCCCUUUGUUUUACGUUUUCGGGGUCCUGUGUAUAGCCCUCUAUCGCGGCUAUUAUAUCCUGGCCGGCUCCCGAGGUCCCGAGCUCUAUAGCGUACUAGCAAAUGUUAAAAACAACGCAACAAUCAAAGCAGCGCAGAGGGAUUGGUUAUUAGGCCCGAUUCUAGCAUCAGAAGACUUCACCAGUGCCCAACGAAACCUGACACAGAUAUAUCAUGAUGAAACAGGUGAAAGGAUCACCACUAAGGUACAGGCACACGGCACAAUCGUAUCGACGGACGCGCUACUCCCAAACGAGCGGACCAGUCAAGCGUGUAAAGCACAUUUCGACCGAAUCAUCACAAGCGUAUUCGACCUCAGCCUUAUUAGCGGUAGCGACGGCAAGCCCUCUUUCGCACGUAUCAUUGAUCAUCCAGCUUUUACCAGGAAGACGCAUACGACCCAUCCCUUAGUAACCGAAACCCCCAAAGCUGACUACCAAUCCCAGGGGCAGGCGCUCGCUAUAGAGCUGCUCAGAGAGACAAACCCAGUACUGGAAGACCUAAUCAAUAAGCUCCAAACCGUCGCAGCCACCACCCCAGCGGCAGACUAUAAGGCACAGUUCCCAGCGCUUACGAAAAGUCUCGACCUUAUAACAGGCAUCCAAAAGGAUAUACAAGCCGUCGAUGAGCGUUACAGGGAUGCUUUAGCAACUUAG